AUGCAGCGGGGCGGAGGAGGAGCGGCGGCGGCGGCGGCAGCAGCGACAGCGGAGCCUGGAGGAGGCGGCGGAGGCGAGGCGGUUGCAGCGGCGGCGGCCUCGUACCGGGUGCUGAGUCGUUUGCUGGGCUACGGCGGGGCUGAGUCCGCCGCAGCGCCCCCGACGGCUCCGGGAGGGCCGGGCAAGGCUGCCGGCGACUGCCCGUGCCUGAGUCUCCUGCCUCCGCCGCCUCUAGCCCCGCCGCCCACUCUGCCCUUGCUGCCCCCGGGGGAGGAGACCAGCGACGCCCUCCUGGUGCUCGAAGCCCUCGGCCCCGACGAGGAGGACGAAGAGGAAGAGACAGGGCAGGGAGAUGCCUCCAGCCAAGCCUGCGUGGGGGGCAGCCGCUUCCAAGCGCCCGCUCCAGCUGCCCCGGUGUCGUUGUCGUCUGCUGCUGCGCCUCCUCCUCCGGCUGGGCCGGUGCCCCCAACCGCCGCUGGGACCAGCCGCCCCAGCUCGUCCGCCCCCUCUAGGAAAGGCUCGUUCAAGAUUCGCCUGAGCCGAUUGUUCCGCACCAAAAGCUGCAGUGGACCGUCCUGCAACGCAGCAGCCGGCUCGGGCGCACGUCGGGCUGGAGACAAGGAGUUCCCGCCAGCCGCUGCUUCCCCAGCCAAUGCCGCCGCCGGCACGGCCGGGAGUCUCCCCGACGUGUCCCAGCCUGGGGGUCGGGAGCAAGACUCGGGCAGAAAACCGAGAUUGAUGCGAACGCAAAGUGCCUUUUCUCCCGUUGUUUUUGGACCCCUCUUCACAGGUGAGACAGUGUCACUGGUGGAUGUGGACAUCUCUCAGCGUGGUCUGACGUCCCCGCACCCGCCCACGCCACCGCCACCUCCACGGCGAAGCCUCAGCCUUUUGGACGAUAUCAGUGGGACACUGCCUACUUCUGUCUUGGUGGGUCCGAUGGGGUCGUCAUCUCUCCAGUCUUUCCCUCUUCCGCCGCCACCUCCGCCACACGCCCCUGAUGCGUUUCCCCGGAUCAUCCCGAUCCGAGCGUCCGAAGCAGUGCACAGCCAGCCCGCACAGCACCUUCAGUGCCCGCUCUACCGUCCUGACUCGAGCAGUUUUGCAGCUAGCUUACGAGAGCUAGAAAAAUGUGGUUGGUACUGGGGACCUAUGAACUGGGAGGAUGCCGAAAUGAAGCUCAAAGGGAAACCUGAUGGAUCCUUCCUGGUCCGUGACAGCUCUGAUCCUCGGUACAUUCUGAGCCUCAGCUUUCGAUCGCAGGGUAUUACCCAUCACACCAGAAUGGAACACUACAGAGGAACCUUCAGUCUUUGGUGCCACCCCAAGUUUGAAGACCGCUGCCAGUCCGUGGUGGAGUUCAUCAAACGGGCUAUCAUGCACUCCAAGAACGGGAAGUUUCUGUACUUCUUGCGCUCCCGGGUUCCAGGUCUCCCUCCAACUCCCGUCCAGCUUCUCUAUCCAGUCUCUAGGUUCAGCAAUGUUAAAUCGCUACAGCACCUCUGUCGUUUCCGGAUAAGGCAGCUGGUCCGCAUCGACCACAUUCCAGAACUCCCGCUCCCAAAGCCUCUGAUCUCGUACAUCCGCAAGUUCUACUACUACGACCCCCAAGAGGAGGUGUACCUUUCGCUGAAGGAGGCGCAGCUCGUUUCCAAACAGAAGCAAGAACUGGAGUCUUCGACGUAGCGAGGGGCCCCCAACCACCUUGCCGUUGGCACCAAUGAACUAGGAAUUCGGUCACCGAUGUCCUGCCAUAAUGGAAGCUGCACAGCAAAGCGGUCCUGG